CUUUAAUUGUUAAAAUAAAAUGUGAUUGCCCACCGUCUGAUAGUAAAGUAUGUAUUGUUGUUUUUAGAUGUAUGUUCAGACUGUUUGUGGCAGAGGGGAAGGUUGCUUUGGUGAAGGGGACCUCUUUAUUUCUCCACUCUUUGUCCUCUCUUUCCCCCAUGUAUGUCUCCUACACUUUGGUGCACCACUUCCUACGCCUCCCCCUUCCUCCUGUUUGUCCUCCUCCUGCCCUACUCUUCAGCCAACACGCCUGCCGUCCAAGAGGAGAAGGGGGCUUGCUUCCGUUUGGUCAGCUCAGGGAGGCAGUGUUUGCACCCAGUGUCUGCCCAGCUGAGCAAACAGCUCUGCUGCUGCAGUGUGGGCAAAGCCUGGGGCCCUCGUUGUGACAAAUGCCCCCCUCCAGGAACAGCUAAAUUCAAAGAAAUCUGUCCUGGUGGAAUGGGCUACACUGUUCUGCCAAAUCCUCCGGUCCACAAGCCAGUGAGUGUUUACCAGGAGCCUACUGACCUGUUACUCCCACAACCCCUGCCAACCCCAGAGAGACCAGUGGAGGCUUUUGGGAAACCAGAAGAAACUAUACCAGUAGCAACAACUGCACCAGAUCAGGAGCUGGUAGUGCCUGUGGUUAGCAAUAGGCCAGUAGUUGAACCUAUCCUGCCCCAGCUAUCUCCAGGUGUGUCCACUGUCAAGAUGGAGGCUGCCUACCCAGAGGUCAUUGAGAGGACCUCUCCUCCUGCGCCAGUGGAAAUCCUCCCCUCUAACGCUGGCCAGGACAUCGCUCCCACCCAGUCAGCUGAGGUGGAUGAGUGCCAGAUCAACCCUUAUAUUUGUGGCCAGGGGAUUUGCUACAACACAGCUGAGAGCUACACCUGCCACUGUGAUGAAGGAUACCGCCUAGAUGACGCCCAAACCACCUGUGUAGAUAUUGAUGAAUGUGAAAGCAGGACAGCGUGUCCUUCUGGUAUCUGCUUCAACGUACCAGGGAGUUACAACUGUGGCUCCUGUCCUGAUGGCUUCAUAGGACAGGGAGGCCAGUGUGAAGAUAUAGAUGAGUGCCAGGAUCAGCGAGUGUGUACCAGAGGCCACUGCCAGAACACUGAAGGCUCCUUUAUUUGUCAUUGUGGGCCAGGCUUCAGAGCGUCGCCAACUGGAGACCAAUGUGACGAUGUGAAUGAGUGCGUCGAGGAAGCCAGACCAUGUGAGCCAGUCGGGGAGUGUGCCAACAACAUGGGCUCGUACACCUGUAUCUGCCCCCAGGGGUACCGACAGAUCAACGGCACCAGCUGCAGAGAUGUCGAUGAGUGUAUGGAGGAAGCAGAGCUCUGUUCCCCCCAUGGCAAGUGCCUCAACACUGACGGGUCCUAUGUGUGUGUGUGUGACAGUGGAUUCACUGCCAACCUCGACACGCCCUCCUGUGACGAUAUUGAUGAGUGUGGCCUCAAUGAGACGCUGUGCGGUCCCCAUGGCUUCUGUGAGAACAGACUGGGUUCGUUCCGAUGUCUCUGUGACCAGGGCUACCAGGAGACCCAGGAUGGCCAAAGCUGUGUGGAUGUGAAUGAGUGUGAGCUGCUCAGCAGUGUGUGUGGAGAGGCCCAGUGUAUGAACGUGGAUGGUUCCUUCUUCUGUGUGUGUCCCAUCGGCCAGGAAUACAACGUCAUGAACGCCAAGUGUGAGGUCGUUCCCACAGCAUCGUCAGUGGAGCGGAAGGAGUGCUACUACCAUCUGAACGAUGAGAACCUGUGUGAGAGUGUGCUGACCAGCCAUGUCACACUGCAGGAGUGUUGCUGCACUCUGGGAGCUGGCUGGGGGGACAACUGUGAGGUGCAUCCUUGCCCUGUUAAUGGGACAGACCAGUUUAACGAGAUGUGCCCAUCUGGAAGAGGUUUUAUUCCCAAUGGAGACCUGCUGUAUGGAGUGCCUACUUCUGACACAUACAAAGAUGCAGAUGAAUGCACACUGUUUGGUCAGGAAGUGUGUAAAGGAGGCUUCUGUCUGAACACUGAGGGAGGCUACGAGUGUUACUGCAAGACUGGACAGGACUACGACCCUGCCAGACUGGAGUGCAGAGACAUCGAUGAGUGUCUUGAUGAGUCGGUGUGUGUUGGCGGUCAGUGUAUGAACACAGAUGGUUCAUACAUGUGUUUCUGUACACAUCCGAUGGUGUUGGAUCCCAGCGUUAAUCGCUGUGUCAUCGUUCCUGAUGUGGCCGAGCAACAUGAGACAAAGCAGAUCGAAUUUCUGGGUAUCUGCUGGCAGACGUUGACAGAUACCCUGACGUGCACUCGGCCGAUGGGUAACAACAGGAAGACCACCUACACAGAGUGCUGCUGUCUGUACGGAGAGGCCUGGGGCAUGGACUGUGCCCUGUGUCCCCCCAGGAACACCGACGACUAUGCAUCCAUGUGUAAUCUUCCCCCGGGUGGCGAGCGGCGGCCAUACGGUCGUGACGCUCUUGUUGCCAGUCCGGUCCAUGAAUAUGAAGUGAGCCCUGACUAUUCACCAUCACCAGAGCAGCCUGUUCUGCCCUUUUAUGAAAAUGAAGAGCAUCCAUACAAGGCAUUCGAGGGUUUGCGAGCAGAGGAGUGUGGGAUACUGAACGGCUGUGAGAACGGUCGGUGUGUCCGGGUUCAGGAGGGUUACACCUGCGACUGCUUUGAUGGAUACACCCUGGAUCUGUCCCGCAUGGCCUGCGUCGAUGUGAAUGAGUGUUCAGAACUGAACAACCGGAUGUCACUGUGUAAAAAUGCAAAGUGCAUCAACACAGUGGGCUCCUAUCAGUGUGAGUGUCUGCCAGGCUACAAGGCCUCAGACAAACCCAACUACUGUGUGGAGGCAGAAACACAGCAAACAUCCAAACGCACACAGUGAGCAUGGAUGGACACUGGGGGGCGACAAGAGACACCAAAACCACACGCACAAGCCUGUAUUACUAUACUUGUGAGGAUGUCCACUGACUGCACUUUGUCACUGCCAGAUCCUCAGCAGCAACGCUAAAGCUGGACUCCCUGCUGUGGUUGUAGCAUCCGGUAGCACAACAAAAACUCUUCACAGCUGAUCAUCAACAGUGAUCCAGAAGUCAGGGUGUGUACCUUUGACUUGACAUUUUUUGCCCAAAAUCUAAAUUCAGCAAAAUGAAAAUUAAUCUACUCUUGCUUGCAAUGUUACUCCAUUGUUUAAAAAGUCAUCCAAAUCCUUAACUGCUCUUAACUACUGUCAAUUUCACUUAUUUCUGCUUCACAUCACUGUGGAUUGUUUACAGCACUCACUGAUUAUCCUUUGUUCAUUUGAGAGGUUCUCCAAAGUGGAUAUUUUUAAAUAAAUCCUUCCUAAAUUUUUGAAAGCAGAACUAUAAAUGUAGGGCUUAAUAUUGUAGGAAACAUAAAAUGUUUUGUUUUGUUUUUUUAAAUGAAUUUUUACCAACAUUGUCACUAUCUAACUAUGUCGAACUGGUCUUUUAGCUACAAUGGGUAUACCUGACACAAAAAUUGAUCCUAAUGGUUUAUUGAAAAGUCAGUUGGUUUAGCUUAGAAGAGCAUUUACUCUUCCUGUGUUGCGUUUCUGCACAUUGAAGCAGACUGUUAGCACUCCCUGAAUAUUAGUGAGUCCAUCAAGUUUGUUGUUUGAACCUCCUCUGACUUUCAAAUACCACUGCAGUAUUGUUGAAGGGAGUCAUCAUUGUUGUUUGAGCUGAGCUACGAUCUAUAAAACAUAAAGCAUUGCAUUCUGGGAAUAUCAUUGAUGCAUUACAAGAGCUGAGUAGUGGACUCCAAGAUGGCACCCAUUCAGUUACAUGGUUAUUGCCAGAGAAGUUUUCUAGUGUCCUUGUGUACACAAGAUUCCCUUUUCUUUGCUGUUGGACAGUUUAACAACCUAACUGAUUUAAAAAAAAAAAAAAAAAAACUUUAGACCUUUCCUGCAAAUUUGCUUUUCAAAUAUGUCUGUUGUGACUCUGUGGUUCAUGUAAACUUUCCACCUCCAUUGUAGAGAUUUGGGCAAAUGAAAUCAAAGCAUCAUAUAAGCAGUGUAUGUUGGUGCAAAAAUCAUGAGCUACCUGCAGUUUACCAAAAACCUGAUUUCUGCAUUAAUCUUCUUAAAUGCUCUCAGUAAACAAAAAAUUGUCACCCAGACCAGCUAUUCUGCUCACUGAAUGAGGGAUCUCCAGCUUGCCAACUGACCCAUUCACUGGUACAUGUGGAUGAAUGGAUGCAGCCAUUUUAAUUUGUGUUUCCACAGCAGGGCCUUUGCCCCAGAAGAUUAAGAAAUGUGUGUGACAGUUCUGUGGAAAAUGCAUACUUGACCAAUCAGUGACUUUUAACACUAUUACAAACUCCACCGCAAAAGUUCCUGAACAUGUAGAUAGCAUCCCUCUCUGGUGCAUUCAGUUACCGUUACAGUAAAAGCUGUCAGAUCCUACACCACAAUGGAAACAGAUUCCUGACUCCUGUGGAACGUUCCUGCAGUGGAAACACAAAAUAGUGGAAGGUAAAUGUAGAGCAGUAGAUAGUGAAUGACCAGAUAUUCACACACAUCCAGUGAGUCUUCAGCCAAAUCCACUGAUGGUGCUAUAUGAUACAAUGUUCUUACAGUUCACCCUGAGAAGAACAUGAAGAUUUGAUUGGAGACACUCAAAACCACUCAAAAAGUGUGAACCUCAUAGUGGUGCUAAAGGAAAAGUCAGGGGAUCACUAGCUUUGCAUAGCCAGACCUGUAUCCACACUGCUGAUCUGGCUGUAUCUCAUUCUAGUUAUGGUGUAGGGGCAAAAUGCUCUGGCUUGUUUCUGUUAUUUAGAAAAAUCAAAUAGCCUGGGCAGUGCUAAGCCCCAGAUGCGACUGCAAAAUAGUGACAUGAAAUGUUUCGGUGGAACAUUUACUUGCUGGGAUGAAAGUUCUGUCAUUAAAAUGGGUCGUUCACACAAAAUGAGCAGACCUGCCUUACGACACCAUCCAAAAUAAAAAAUUUGAUCAUGUAGGUUGCUGCUUUGAGGUUGUUUUUUGCAGUAGAGGAGAUUUUGAAAAUAGUAGCAUACAGAGACAGAAGUGGAGAAGGAAGCCAUGUGAAAUGAGCAAAGGAAAUGGCAGACUUUUACCCAAAGUCCUCAUUCUGUGAGUCAGACUCGGGGAUCACCAAAGUCAGCAGGAACAUAAUCUGGAGAAAAUUCAUCUCUCAAUAAAAUUUUGUAGUAAUUUAUUCUAUAGCUAAGAUAUUUCCAAAGUGAGCUGGACCAAAGUAGGGCUGACCAACCAAUACUUGCAUCGUUAGAGCACUACUGCUAGCAUAGUAACACAUUUGGGUAUCGCUGCUUUAAAGAGUCCUUAGGAAACUUACACCAAUAUAUUUAUUAUGCUGCCAGAGUUAUUAAUCUGUAAUUUCUCCAUGUGUAUGAUGUAUUGUCAAAAUGAAUAAUCCUGUUGGAAAUCUUUCAUCUGAUGGAGAUCCAGGUGAGUCAUUUUAAAUCAGGCUCUGAAUUAUUAGCAUUAAGAGGAUGAUAAAUGCUGAGUUGAGCCCCAACAGCUCUGACAACCUGAAAGAAGUGCAGAUCAGCUGGUAUGUCUUUAACAAAACUGUUUUGAUCCCCGAGAGGACACGUGGUCCUUAAAAGUAUAGAAAUACAGAACACACAGACACAAGCGCACACACACACGCACACACACACACACACACACACACUUACUUAAUCAAAGCCCAUAUAUUCUGCACUGUAUAAGAAACACACUAAAUGAACAAACAGUAAUUUACUUGAGAUGAAGAUUCAGCUUAAUCUACUAUGUGGUGCCUAUGUGGGGAAUAGAAACAAUUGUAUAAAAUGUAUGUUUUGUUUGUUGCUUUUCUAAGUUUCUUUGUCAUUAUGUUUUCAAGUGGAGUUUUAUUUGUGUCAUAAGAGGCCGUUUUUGCUCAUUUAACGAAUUGACAAACCCUAUGGACUCGUGCUGGGGGAUCCAGUUGUAUUUUGAACCCAGUCAAACUGAUUGUGGAUAUUUAAUUCUGUGAAGAGGCCAGCUGUCUGCUCCCUCACCUCCUCCAUCGCCAUCCCUCUGUCGUUUCUACACCACAUCAUCACCAUAUCAUGUAAUAUGCACAUUUCAUUGUACUAAAGAAAAAUGCUAAUGUUAGGUUUUCAGAAUAAGCUUUUAUUGGGGUUUUGUCUUUGUUCUGUCAGAGUGGUCAAUCAGACAACUACUGGAUGAAUGGAGCAUAAGACAAAGCCAAGCUUCAUGUUUCUUAUAAAGAGCUAAAAGACUGUUGUGUUAUCUGGUAUUCCUCCCCUCCAUGUUUUGAAGGGACUGAAAUGAAUUGUUUUAUUUUUCCUACUUCUCUUAUCUGUGUUUCACUGCAAAGUCUUGCCAGGUUGCAAAGCUGCUAUGGGACAGCGAUGGGAGAGAAGAACCUUGUGUACAUUUAAACAAAGGAGUGGAGAAAACAGCUGAUGUAUUUGUAAUUUGUACAUGAAUAAAUAGCUUUUUCUAUGAAUUCAUAUCACAAUGUACAUUAAACCCCUUGGUAAUAAACCACAAAUUGUGAUAUUUAACUUCAA